GUGGGACGGCCGCCCCGCACCGCUCCGCCUGGAUCGCAGUCCCUCUCGUCUUCCAGGCACCGCUCUUGUUUUCAUGUGUCUUGUUUGCAAGCCGCUGACGCUCCGACACUUCAGACGACUGGUGGAGGAGUCGACCUGCGGGUCGUGCGUGAAGGAGGAGCCCGGGACUAACGGAGAGACGUAGAUAUUCCGGGGGAGAGCAGAGACACUUUCCAGCCUCUUUGAAGCCAGCAGCGCUUAGCUAACAGGCUAACUGAAUGUUUUCACAAACUAGCAUGCUAGCUAGCUGAAUCGGAUGGUCUUUUCUUGUUGUUGUGUCGGCUAAACAGGCAGUCUUUUAGAAAUAUAAAAAUGUACCUUUAGGAUUGAAGUUAGAGCUUCGUGGCUGCUUCUCGAAGCGGAUUUAUUGAGAUGUUUGGAUAGCGGUGUCCGUUUGGUUCCUGAUUUCCAGAGUAGGGACAAUAGUGAACUGUCCGGGCAACAAGUCUGGCACACAUCUUUACUUUAACAUCAAGUUUGCAGCCAUGUUGUACAGUAUUAUGACCGGUGUGCGUUUGGUUAGAGACGAAUAGUCCGUGUUUGAUGGUUGUUAAACUAACAGGAGUAACGUUCAAAGGGAGGUCGGGUGUGCUUUGAGAUGCCGAGAUUUGAGCGCACCGGGUCUCUCCGCUAACCUGGAAACCCUGCUGUCAGCUAGUCGAUACCAUUAUUGACGAGGAGACGGAGUGGAUGAACAUUAUAAAUCGCCCACAUGCGUUGGAUCAGUUCCCGGACUUGUGAAAGGCAUCUGAAGCAGAAGGAGGGAGACGUGAGCGCACAGCCCUUGCAGCCCGGGGGAAGAUGGCGGAACGAUCCCGCAGGAGGUGGUGAAGCCAAAACUUCGGGACUGCUUGGAUUUAUCGCCAGACAUCUUAUCCCAGAUCUUAGGACACAUGCAGGCCAAAAAACGAUACCUAAUCCUGUUCUCCGCCGGUGCGUGUCUCGUCCUGUUGUUUUGUUUUGGGGGGAUCCAAGUCCCGCUGUCCAGACGGGGUCCCAGCCGGCGUGAUGACCGCAGCCUCGCUGGCUUCCAGCACGGGGCCCGGUGGCGCCGCUACCCGGGCUCCCUGCUGCCCUUCAGCUCCUGGGAGCAGGGCCAGAGCGACGACCUCACUGAACACAUAUCUCCCAGGCAGAAGAGGGACAUUAACUCGGGCAUCUACACGGGGAAACGCUGCCGGAUGGAGUCCUGCUUUGACUUCUCUCUGUGUGAGAGGAAUGGAUUUAAAGUUUACAUGUACCCCCAGCAGAAAGGGGAGAAGCUGUCAGAGAGUUAUCAAAACAUCUUGUCCUCUAUCGAAGGCUCCAGGUUCUAUACACCAGACCCAGGACAGGCAUGCCUGUUUGUUCUUAGCUUGGAUACCCUGGACCGGGACCAGUUGUCACCCCAAUAUGUGCACAACCUGAAAGCUAAAGUCCAGAGCCUUCCUCUGUGGAACGGAGGUAAAAACCACAUCAUCUUUAACUUAUACUCCGGCACUUGGCCGGACUACACAGAGGAUCUUGGCUUUGACAUCGGCCUUGCCAUGUUGGCCAAGGCCAGCAUCAGCACAGAGAACUUUAGGCCGAACUUUGAUGUUUCCAUCCCGCUUUUCUCUAAAGACCACCCAAGGACAGGAGGGGAAAGGGGCUAUCUGAAGCACAACACGAUCCCCCCUUAUAGGAAGUACAUGCUUGUUUUUAAGGGGAAGAGGUACCUAACAGGAAUCGGUUCAGACACUAGGAACGCACUAUAUCACGUCCAUAACUCUGAGGAUGUGGUCCUCCUCACCACUUGCAAGCAUGGGAAGGACUGGCAGAAGCACAAGGACGCACGCUGUGAUAAAGACAACGCCGAAUAUGACAAAUACGACUACAGAGAGAUGCUGUACAACUCCACGUUCUGCCUGGUUCCUCGAGGACGACGACUGGGGUCCUUUCGCUUUUUAGAGGCUUUGCAGGCUGCUUGUGUGCCAGUGAUGCUCAGUAACGGCUGGGAGCUUCCCUUCUCGGAGAUCAUCGACUGGAAUACAGCGGCUGUGAUCGGGGAUGAAAGGCUGCUAUUACAGAUCCCCUCAACAGUACGUUCCAUCCACCAGGAUAAAAUCCUGUCCCUGAGACAGCAGACCCAGUUCCUGUGGGAGGCUUACUUCAACUCCGUGGAGAAGAUCGUCCUGACCACGCUGGAGAUCAUCCAGGACCGGGUGCUUCGGCACACUUCAAGGAGUAGCCUCAUGUGGAACAGUCUUCCUGGAGGUCUUUUUACGCUGCCUCAGUACUCCACAUACCUGAGAGAUUUUCCCUUCUACUACUCUAAGCUAGGUGUAAAGCCAUACCCUAAAUUUACCGCGAUAAUCCAUGUGGUCACCCCGCUCGUCUCUCAGUCCCAGCCAGUGAUGAAGCUGCUUGUGGCCGUGGCCAAAUCCCAGUAUUGUGCUCAGGUGAUGGUGCUGUGGAACUGUGACAAGCCUCUUCCUGCCAAGCACCGCUGGCCGGCCACAUCAGUCCCAGUUAUUGUGAUCGAAGGUGAAAGCAAGGUGAUAAGCAGCCGCUUUCUGCCCUACAACACCAUCCCCACCGACGCUGUUCUCAGUCUGGAUGAAGACACCGUGCUUUCUACCACAGAGGUGGAUUUCGCCUUCACAGUGUGGCAGAGUUUCCCCGACCGCAUCGUGGGUUAUCCAGCCCGAAGCCACUUCUGGGACAGCAACAAGGAGCGGUGGGGCUACACUUCCAAAUGGACCAAUGACUACUCCAUGGUGCUGACCGGAGCUGCCAUCUAUCAUAAAUACUACCACCACUUGUAUACCACCUACCUUCCAGCCAGUCUGAAGGCCAUGGUGGACCAGAUGUCAAACUGUGAAGACAUUUUGAUGAAUUUCCUGGUGUCGUCAGUGUCCAAGCUACCACCCAUCAAAGUGACGCAAAAGAAACAGUACAAGGAGACCAUGAUGGGACAGAGCUCUCGGGCGUCUCGCUGGGCCGACCCGGACCACUUCGCCCAACGUCAGACCUGCAUGAACAAGUUUGCCAACUGGUUUGGCACCAUGCCGCUGGUCCACUCCCAGAUGAGGCUGGACCCUGUCCUGUUUAAAGACCAGGUGUCAAUACUGCGGAAGAAAUACAGGGACAUAGAGAGGCUAUAACCCUGCUGAGCCCCCCCACUCUCCGGACACGACAAAGAAAGAGUGAGGGGGCGGACCUAUACAAGUGCAGAGAACAUUGACUGAGCACACAAGUCCCUCUUUAAACACAAAGACUAGUGACCCCUGAAGGACGCCUGAGGACUCUGGACUGCUCGACUUUGAACUAAAGAGGCCGUAGAGUCCAGGCAGCGGCGGAUCGCUCCCAAACGCCAACCCUGCUGACUGUUGUGCUCUGUACUCUAUGCACAGGUUCUUGAAAGUUUUUGCCGACAGAAUAUUAUUGAUAAUUAUGAAGAGGAUAACACUAUUUUGGAUUGUGUUUAGCUAUUUUUUUAUACAGUGAAUGAAUGGCCAGCACUGCUCUCUAUGUAAUGUCUUAACUCAAACAAACUGGGGUGUGGGGCGGAUACAGAGACCAUACAUCCCAGUUAGGGUUGUUAAUCUGACAUUCACAGUGCCUCACAGUUUUAUCUCGUGAUGUUGGGAUCUGGAGUCUGAGAGAAAGACAUGGUGCAGACUGAGCACCGUGAUCUUGCUGCUUUUUUAUAUAUAUAUGUAUACAUAUAAUUUGGGAUUUACUUUAUUAACAUUGUCGGGUUUUGUAGUAAACUCUCCAGUUCAGCAUUCAGAAUUUUUAAUCAAAAUGUGAUAAAAUGGUUUUUAUUGAGGUGAAAUGAUCCCCAUGUGCCAAUUUUAACCAAAAAUUUCUUCAAAUGUCUUGCACAGCUGAAUUUGCUCAGUUGGGGGGAAGAUGUCUCCUCAAACUGGUUUGAAAUGCAGAAAUUAGACUGAGAUUCCCCGUUUCUCCACAUUUCAUCAGAGCUUAAGUCGCUCAGUUCAAUCAGGACUGAAAUGGGUGCUGGCCAGUAAAACAGAGACUGAUAUGCCCUGCCUUGAAUAAGGGGGUCUGGGCUUGCAGUUUGAGUCUAAAGUAAAAGCCAGGGAGAUUGGAGUAAUUGUAUUCUCUCCUGUGAAUGCUAAAGACCACUUCUCAAAAAUGAUGGGCAGGUCGAAGAUCUUCAGGAGGGUCCUUUAUAGAAUGAAACAGAAGCAGGAUGGAGCUAUUAAUUACUUUUAAAAAAACAUUUUCAUGAUGAAACAAGUUUUAGGGCAUGAGUGUAACAACAAGUGGGGAGUAUAAAGGUUUCUGAUUGAAAGCCUCUAGCUGGUGAAUGUCCUACAUCUGAGAAAACCUGCUAUAAAUCCUGAUUCCAUGCUGUCCUGUGACAAGUUCAGCGUCGACUGACACGUACCUGCAGUGAGCUUUUCAACCCAGGCUGACUGCAUCAUACCAAGCAAACUUUAACAUUUCAUUCCACUUCUCAUUUACAAAUAUGACCCAACUGACCGUUCUCACCAAGUGUUUGUUCCACUGUUUAAAAGUUCAGUUAGGAAAUGUUCACAGCUUUAUGUUGGCGCUUCAGUCAGCUGAGGUAAAAGAGAGAUAUUACAGAGUGCUUUUCAUAAGCAGCGUCUCUGUAGGUACCUUUGAAUUGGUCUUAAGUCCCAGAGACAUAUCUGAUGUGCUACGCUGACUGGAGAAUGUCCGUGGAACACGAAUUCAAGCUUUUGUUUCUCCCAAUUGUUUUUGCAUCAUAUCAUGUUUGUUUUUAUUCCAAAAAACCUCAUUUCAGUAAGUCCAAGAUGAUCCUUUGUGUUUUCAAGAGCUAAACCCUGAGUGAACUUUCCCGACCGUGGAAAGCUUGGAGAAUUUCUUUACGAAUUCAGCAUCUUCUUUUCUAAUUUUUUUUUUCUCCUGUCUGUUUUGUUCCAAGCUGCUGGUUACAACUCACCUGCCCCCAGCAUUUGCCAGUGGCACAUUUAUGCAUUUGUGUGUACCAUUUCAUCUGAUAAAAGGAAUGUCAUGUCCUCUCAAAAUCAUUUUAUCCACUAAAUAUUUCCUUUCUCUAUAUAUAUUGAAAGAAAGAUUCAGAUGGAGAGGAGGCAGGUGAAAGGAAAAUGGUUUAUGUAUGACAGAAAUCUACAGAGGGUCACUGCUCUGUUUUGUCACUUUUGAGAAUGUGCUAUCAGCUUGACAGCAAAUAAACAGUCCUCUCAUAAGUAAACACGGCGCUAUCAAGACAACUGAGUGUAGUCGUGAACAGAAUCACAUUUCAGAAAAGGACUCGGUGCAAUAUUUAAGAUGACACUUUCUCUGUCUUGUUUCUUUUCUUGUCCCUUGAGUUUGUGAUGCAGAGGGCAGGGGGGGCUUUAGAUUGAUGUGCCUUCAGAAGAAAUACUCUUUUCAUUUAUCUGCCUUGUGCAAGUAACAGGUCCCUUUUUUUUCUGUUUUGCAGUAGGAUUUCCUGCUCUCCUUAUCAGCAUCCAGUAACGUAACGGCAUCCUAAAUGAUACUGUGUACCACUGAAAUGCUGUUAAGACUCGCCACCGCAUAUUUAAAGCUAACAUUCCUGCCUUUUCUUUUAAAGAAACAUCUUUCAAGGUCUCAUUAUACUCAUCCCAACACACACGCACUGCCUUGUAUUAACAUAAAUGUGAGGUCUCACCCCCCCACCCCCCUUUCUGGCAAUCAUAGUAGCACAUUUAAAACACGUAAUUCACAUAGUCAGUACUGAUCAGACAGGACUGCGUCUCAAAGAAUUCUCUGCCUGCUUCCUUGGCUCUCUUCCGUAACUGCAGAUCUUAUUUUAGAGAGGAUACAAUGGAAGAAUAAAGGAAACACAUGAUUUUUGUAAAUGAUCUUUAUAAAAACAAAUGACAAAGAAAAAUCAACAAAUAAAAUGUUUGACAUAAAA